AACACGGUGGGGCAUGCGGGGCAGGUGCGGCACCUGGUGUACGCGUUGGAGAACGCCAUCAACCACCUGCCGUUGGGCACGGCGCACAGCCGCAUGGUGUGGUUCAUCGACUUCCGCGGCUGGACGCUGCGCAAGGCGCCGCCCCUCAAGACGUCACGGGAGGUGCUCUCCAUCCUGCAGAACCACUACCCCGAACGGCUGGGGCAGGCUGUGGUCUAUGACCCCCCGCCGUCUUUGAAACCUUCUGGAAGAUGGUGCGGCCCUUUGUGGAUCCCAAACACGUUCAGGAAGAUCCUAUUUGUGUACCCCAGCAAGCCCGACACCAUCGCCAAGCUGGAAGAGAUCUUUGACUUGGAGCAGCUAGACCAGGGCUUUGGAGGCCGCUCCACGUGGGCGUUUGAGCUGGAGGCGUACAGCCAGGCCAUGCGCGCCGAUGACGCCCGCGCGCAGGCCUUCUGGGGCAUCCCUGCGUCUGUCAUUGCUAGCCCCAGACGAAGGGAUCCUGUGAUUCCGGCAGCAGAUGAUGAUGAUGAUGCUGAUGUGCCGGCAGAUGCAGAAGCUGGAGCAGGAGAAGGAGAAGCAGGGGACAGUGAGGGUGGUGUGCGUGCAGCAGCAGAGGGACAGGCAGAGAACGGGGAGGUGGGAGCAGAGGCAGGGUUGUCAUCACGUGGUGCUGGGGCUGAGAGCCUGGGGGGACAGGAGGCCGGGGCGCUUCUGUCUGAUGCUGAGAGCGGCGGCAGGGCUGAUGAGGGCUACAGUGUGACUGUAGGGGGUGCGGCUCCAGGUAAUUCAGACGCCGUAGCAGGGACUGUACCAGCAGGAGAGUUGCGAGAGCAAGAGAGGGAGGAGCGGAAUGGCAGUGGGGGUAGUGCGGAGGAGCGGGAGCAGGACGGGAGCUUCUGGCUGCCUCUGAACGAACCGGCAGUGAAGGAGAGUGUGCAUGCACAGAACAUAGCACAUGCACACCACGUGCUCAAGAGCACGUUCAGCAAGAUGAGCAUUGAGUUCAAGAAGCCCGCGUGGAUGCAGAGAUGA